CUACUUUAGAGAGCUGCUAGUGGAUGAAAGCCUUGCCAUGCACUGAAAUUGGAGCAUCAAGAGUGAAGCUCCAAGAAAAAUGUCUGCUUGUAACACCUUCACUGAACACGUCUGGAAACCUGGCGAAUGCAAAAACUGCUUCAAGCCCAAAAGCCUGCACCAACUGCCUCCCGCCCCUGAGGCAGCCUCCCUCCCCCCUGGCAGCCUAAAGACCAAUGCCAACCACAGUAACAACCACCGAGUUAGGAACACGGGAAACUUCCGGCCCCCUGUGGCCAAAAAACCCACUAUAGCUGUGAAGCCCACCAUGAUGGUGGCCGGUGGGCAAAGCAUGAGUGCUGAGGCCAGCACCCCAGAGCACUGUGAGAACAAGCCAGUGAUCAUCAGCUGGAACCGAAACAGGGCUUCCGUGAAUAAAAAACCACUCAAUAAUAAUAAUAAUAAUGAAGAGGAGAUUGAAGGAUUUAGCCAUGUUCAUAGGCCUUUUGGCACCAAUGACAGUGUGAGUAAGAUAGCAAAUAACAAUAAUGGACUAACUGAAGUGUUAAAGGAGAUAGUGGGUUUGGAUCCCACUCCUCAGCGAAUAGAAAAUGAAAUUAACUCAAGGGAAACGUUCUUGGGCAGAAUCAAUAACUGCUACAAGCGGUCAUUGGAAAGGAAGCUUCCUCCCAGUUGCAUGAUGGGAGGGAUGAAGGACUCUCAGAGGAAGCACGUCAUUCUGAGCGGAAGCACAGAAGUCAUCAGUAAUGAAGGUGGUCGUUUUUGUUACCCGGAGUUUUCUAGUGAAGAUGAGAGUGAGGAUGAUGCCUUUUUUAGCAGUAUGCAUGAAGAACACGAGAGCUGGGAUGAAAGUGAUGAGGAGUUGUUGGCCAUGGAAAUUCGUAUGAGAGGGCAGCCUCGCUUUGCCAACUUCAGGGCAAACACCUUAUCCCCUGUCCGAUUCUUUGUGGGCAAAAAAUGGAAUACUGUCCCCCUGAGAAAUAAGUCUCUCCAGAGGAUCUGUGCGGUAGACUAUGACGAUAGCUACGAUGAAAUCUUAAACGGUUACGGAGAAGAUUCUGUGAUCCCUUACGGGCAGGAAAGCAUGCAGAGCAUGGUCUCCUCUGAUUCCACGUCCCCCGAGUCAUCUUUGACAGAGGAGUCUCGCUCUGGGACAGCUAGUAGUUCAUCUCAAAAACUCUGCAACGGAGGAGCAUCUCCUAGCACUCCAAAGGAUGUUAAGGAGAUCAAAUCCGUUGAACCAGAGGAUGAAAACUCUGAUAAUCCGCAAGUGAAGGACCUGGCGGAUGCCCCCAAAAGCCCUCCCAAAGUGUUAGAGACCCACAAGGCAGUCCUCGCUCUCCGAUUAGAAGAGAAAGAUGGCAAGAUUGCUCUUCAGACUGAGAAGCCAGAAAGCAAACAUUCCACGGAUCUGACUGGGCAAGCAGUGACUAUAAACUUAGUGCCUCUGGAAGAACAAGCAAAGCCUUACCGAGUCGUGAAUCUGGAGCAGCCCGUGUGCAAGCCCUACACGAUCGUGGACGUGUCGGCAUCCAUGGCCAGCGAGCACGUGGAGGGUCGGGCUGAGAGUCCCAAACCCAGAAGCGCGGUGUCUACACCAAAUUCCCCUCUUAUGUCUCCCACUUCCACUUCAGCACAGGCUCAUUUCAAAAAGUCCAGUACAAUCCGAUACCAAGAAGUCUGGACAUCCAGUACGAGCCCACGCCAGAAGUUACCUAAAGUGGAACUAGUCACGGGUGGCACGGGACCAACCGUCCCUCCAAGGAAAAACUCCCAUAAGUCAGCCCCUACUUCACCCACAGCUACAAGUGUUUCUUCCAAAACAAUCCCAGUGAAGUCACCCAAUUUGUCUGAAAUCAAAUUUAAUAGUUACAACAAUGCUGGCAUGCCCCCUUUCCCAAUCAUCAUCCAUGACGAGCCAACUUACGCCCGUAGUUCCAAGAACGCUAUUAAAGUUCCUAUCGUGAUCAACCCUAACGCCUAUGACAAUCUGGCCAUCUAUAAAAGCUUCCUGGGAACCAGCGGAGAGCUGUCGGCCAAAGAGAAAACCACCAGCGUGAUCAGCCACACGUACGAAGAAAUAGAAACGGAAUGCAAAGGAGCAGAGAGUCCCAGCAGCCAGCCUGCCGGCGGUUCUCUAGGGAAGGGGCGCCCCGGCAGCACGGAGCACAGGAAAGGCUCCGUGGCGCAGAAGGUCCACGAGUUUAACAGCUGCCUCAGUAGAGGCCAGCCUUCCCCGCAGAGAAGACAGAGCUCUGCCCAGGGCUCUCCGGCCCGGCCCCAAAGAACCACUCCGGAGUCCGCCGUCAAGAUCGAAGGCCCUCUGGAGGCCCCAGCGUCCGGCGGCAGCGGCAGCCGGGAGAAGGCAAGCACCGUGCUCUCUCAGAUCGUGGCUUCUAUCCAGCCUCCGCCGUCUCCCCCGGAAAGCCCUCCCUCUGGCCCCGAAGCCUGCAGCGUAGAAGAACUGUAUGCUCUGCCUCCGGGGGACGAAAGCCCGGCCAGUCCUCCCACAAGGCCAAAAUCUCUCUUUGCCAGCCCGCAGCCCAGCCUUGAGAAUGAAGUGGCCCCGGCCGCCCAGAGCCCCGGCACUCAAGCGCCCAAGGAGCUGCCCGCGCAGCCUGCCGCUGGUCACGCCACCAAAUUCACAGGCAGCACUCCUACGCCGAGCCCCCAGGCUGAAGCAGGGCCUCCCUUUCCCCCUCCACGCUCCACUUCCUCUCCGUACCAUGCGAGUAACCUCUUGCAAAGACACUUCAGCCACUGGAGCAAGCCGACGAGCCCCACCAGGGCAACCGAGGCCGAGUCCGUUCUGAACUCCGAGGGCAGGCGGCUGGCCGACAACAAGCCUAAGCGCUGGAUUUCCUUCAAGAGCUUCUUCCGCCGUAAGAAGGCUGACGAGGAGGAAGACAAAGAGAAGGAGAGAGAGAAGGGCAAGCUGGUGGGCCUCGAUGGCACCGUCAUCCACAUGCUGCCCCCACCCCCUGUUCAGCGCCAUCACUGGUUCACCGAGUCAAGGAGCGAUUCCAGCGAGAAGCCGUCUAUCGUUUUCAUGUACAGGUGCGACUCUGCGCAGGCCCCGGAGCCGGGCGCCGACUCGGACAGGCCUGGGGUGGAGCGAGUGCUGAUCUCGGAUAAGAGCGAGAUAGAAGAAAGGAUCCUGCGGGAUGCGGAAAGGAAGAAAAGGAGCCCUUCUUCGCCGUCGCAUCCUCCCAAGAAAAGUCUCAGUCAAGUGCCCCCCGAGGGCACGGCGGAAGGCAGUCCCCCCCGCGCCCCCCUGAAGGAGGCCAGCAGCGAUGCCUCGGCGGGCCUGCCGGCAUUGCCCCCGCACACGCCGGAGAGGGAGGAAGACGCCUCCGACCCUUCUGACGACAGUCCUUGCAGAGCCACGUACAGUAACCUGGGGCAGUCCCGAGCGGCCAUGAUCCCCCCCAAGCACCCCCGACAGCCAAAAGGGGCCACAGACGACGCCAUCGCUUUUGGGGGGACCCCGGAGCGGGAGGCCAUGCCACCCCCCUUGCCAAAGAAGACAAUCCUAAGGGCCAACACUGAGCCGCUGCCCAGGGCCCUGGAGAACCAUCCGUGCCUCCUGGCCAACCCCACGUAUGACCUGGAGGCCCGCUGGGAUGGCAGCAGCGCCGGCUCCUCCCUCAGCUCUGAGCCCAGGGGCCCCGGGCCCGGGUCCUGCGACUCCCUCGACCGGCCUCUGCCCAGGGACAGGCGUGCCUCCAGCCUGGUGCCCUUCUCCACCAGCACCGAGUCCCUGGUGGGGCGGCGUGGGCCCCCAAGCAGGCCGAGCAGGAGUGUGCAGAAGCCCCAGAGAGCAGCGCUCUACCGGGGCCUUGACAGCCGCGACGAACUCGUGGCCAAGAUCCGGAGCCUGCACGGCGACGCCUUGAAGAAGCUGGCCCUCCAGUGCGAGGACCUCUUCAUGGCCGGCCAGAAGGACCAGCUCCGCUUCGGGGUGGACAGCUGGUCAGACUUCCGACUGACCAGCGACAGGCCCUGCUGCGAGGCUGGCGAUGCGGUGUACUACCAAGCCUCCUACGCCAAAGAGCCACUCAGCAGCUACGCCGUCAAGAUCUGCAAAAGCAAAGCGAAGGAGUCCCAGCAGUAUUACCACAGCUUGGCCGUCCGGCAGAGCCUGGCCAUUCAUUUUAAUAUCCAGCAGGACUGCGGCCAUUUCCUCGCCGAGGUCCCCGUCCGCCUCCUCCCCUGGGAGGAUCCCGACGCCCCCGGGAAGGACGAUGACGACAACGACGACGAGCUGGAGGAAGAGGAGGAAGGGGGGCCCGAGGCAGCCGAGAGAGAGCCGGCCCCGGGAGGGGAGGCGCCCCAGAGAGGCGGCUCCGACGGCCAGGGGGGCCCCAGCAAGCAGCGCAGCCACGUGGUGGUCAUCACCAGGGAGGUGCCGCAGCUCACCGUGGCCGACUUUGUCCGGGAAUCUUCGGCCCAGCACGGGAGGAACCCCGACACGUACGAGCGGCAGGUGUGCCUGCUGCUGCUGCAGCUCUGCUCCGGCCUGGAGCACCUCAAGCCCUACCACGUCACGCACUGCGACCUGCGGCUCGAGAACCUGCUGCUGAUCCAGUGCCGGCCCGGCGGGGGCGGCCCCGAGGCCGAGGCCGGCCGGCCCGGCCCCGCCAGGCUGCUCGUCAGCAACUUCUCGCAGGCCAAGCAGAAGAGCCACCUGGUGGACCCCGACGUGUUCCGGGACCAGUCGCGGCUGGCGCCCGAGAUCGUCACGGCCACCCAGUACAAGAAGUGCGACGAGUUCCAGACGGGCAUCCUCAUCUACGAGAUGCUGCACCUGGCCAACCCCUUCGACGAGAACCCCGAGCUGAAGGAGCGCGAGUACACGCGGGCCGACCUGCCCCGCAUCCCCUGCCGCUCGCCCUACUCGUGGGGCCUGCAGCAGCUGGCCAGCUGCCUCCUGAACCCCAACCCCUCGGAGCGCAUCCUCAUCUCGGACGCCCGCGGCGUCCUGCAGUGCCUGCUCUGGGGCCCCCGCCAGGACCUCUUCCAGAGCCUGGGCAACACGGCCGGCGCCGGCCACCGCAGCGCCGUCCUCCAGAACUGGCUCGACAUCAAGCGGACGCUGCUCAUGGUCAAGUUCGCCGAGAAGGCCUUGGACCGAGAGCGCGGGGUCAGCCUGGAGGACUGGCUGUGCGCCCAGUACCUGGCCUUCGCCACCACCGACUCGCUGGCCGGCGUCGUGGACAUCCUGCAGCACCGCUAG